AACGCCCACGAACAGAUAUGACAGAUGCAUCAUGCUUCAGGUCGCUUGCUUCUUUGUUACUCAGACCUCCGUGAGCCAUGAUAGAAUACCUUGUUAAAGUUGCGGCUGAUGUGCUCCACCGUGCCCUCCGUUUUAGUACAACUGUCGAGGUCCUCCCAGGCGAUGCAUCCACCUGGAUUCCAGACGUGGCAGAACGAUACCGUUCCCCUUUUCUGUUCAUGGAGAAUAACCUCGGUGUACCUGAGAAAGAACUUCGUCGGUCAUACCUCUUCGCCGUGCCUACCUUCGCCGCUGCACGUAAGGCUUCCGGACUUCAUGCCCUCGAAAAUCCAUCCAACGAUAUCAUACCUUCGGUGAUUCAGGACUUGAUCGAUUCUUCUGCUGUCCUCAUUUUGAUGAAUCCGGCUCACCAAACUGCGCUCAAUGCUAGAAAGCGACUCAUUGAACGGAAUCUUAUCAAUAUGGGGCAAGAACUCAAGUUCACAGCUGCUCUUCUUUCGAGCAGGCACUGUUGCAAACAGGGCGAGCUAUGGUAUCAUAGGCGAUGGCUUCUCCGACGCAUAAACCCAAUGCCGAGCGUUCCUCAAGGGUCGAUUAUUGACGUAGCUCCGGAUUCGCCAAAUUUCUACCUUCCUCCGGAUGACCUCUCUUUGGAAAUAAAUCUUGUCACUAGAGCUUGCGAGCUCUAUCCCCGCAACUAUUUUGGCUGGACACACCGCACCAUAUGCACCCAAUCUGCUCUCGUAUCCGGGGUGCAUUCUACCACCACAAACGAGAUCACUGAAAUCCUUCCGAAAGAAAUCACCAGCGUCAUGCAGUGGAUCGAAUCUCACAUCUCCGACUAUAGUGCUGUUCAUCACCUUAAAAUUCUCAUGCUUCUUGUUGAAGAUACGGGGUCCCUGAGCCUCCCAGACAAUCUACUUCCCGUGAUCGGACACGCUCUCACGCUCGUACGUGCAUUUCCGGAGCACGAAACACUUUGGCAGUAUCUCCGCGUAUUUUGGGAUGAGGGAGAUGUUGCUGCAGCGUUUGUUGCGUCAUUUGUGCUACCUCUACAAAGUACUAGGAUGGCGAACCAGGAGAACGAGUCUUUUCUUGGCGCGCAACAUGCUUGCCACUUCCUCGAGUGGAGAAAUAAGAGGUUGAAAUGACACAGCUGCUUGUUGACAUCAGCUCAUAGAAACGGGUUAUGUUGGCGCUCCGAGCCCCGGAUCAUUAAUUUAUUCACGCCAGCACGACAGUCACAGGUUGACUUUACUAUUAAUUAAACAUCAGACAUCAUCACGACAAGUCGAG